AUGGAGAUCCUCUUCCUCUACAGCUACGACAACUGUGGCAAGACCUUCGUCGAUGUGGCUGCCUUGAGGAAGCAUUCCCACAUGCAUGGCGGAUGGCAGUAUGUUUGCGAGGAGCCCGGCUGUGGGAAAGUGUCUCUAGUAAAAGAUUACUUUAUGCGUUUACCAGUGCCUACUCUAGCGUUGAAAUUUGUAGAUAGCUCAAAGUUGAACAACUCCCUCAAUGAUGAAUCCCUUCUCUUCUUCUGGUUUCCUUCAUCCCCGCAUCUGAUUCCUGCCCACAUCUCUGGGUACAAGAACCAGUUCCAGAACUUCAUCAAGCACCUGCGCGAAAUGGGUGAUGAGGUGCAUACUAUAGAAUGUUGA